UGCGUGCUCUAAGGGCUUCAAGAGUGCUGGCAGUGGCAGCCGAGCUCACGGUGCCCCACUGUGCCAGCACGCUGGUGCUGGCAUCCAGGGAUGAGGGACACCUGGGACCAGGUGGCUGUGCUGGCACCAAGGACUUUCCUGGCAUGGAGAAACCCUUCCAUGUGAGACAGGCACCUGAGGCCAUGGAGAGGAAGGCAGGCAGGGGGCACAGGAAAGACCAAAAUGGGCAAGGGGUGGAGAGGUGUGCCAGGACUGAGAUCCAAAACCAGCUUUGAUGGCUUAGGCAUGGAGGUGGCACCAAGCCAGCUGGUGAUGCUGGGGGUGUGUUCUCUGGGCUAUGGGGUGACACUCACAGGUGGAAAACGUGGAUUUGUGAUGAAUCCUCCAGGAUUUCAGUCCUGGAGCUGACACUGUGGGUAGCAGCAGGGACGUGGCCCUUCACUGCCUGCCCACCUGUGCUGAGAGGAGAGGCAGAGCCCUGUGUGCCCCCACGUCCUGGCCCGUGUGCCAGGGUGGCAUCGUGGCACAGCCCUGGGAUGCUCCCAGCAUGGCAGUGCCAGGCUCCACACCAGAGCAUCCCUGCCCUGGGAAUGCUGUGCCAAGCAGCUAACAGGCACCAAGAGCUCCACAUCCCAGUUCCAGGGGGUUGAUGAUACAUGGCAGCUCUUGGAAGAGAGCAAAAAACUCCUCCCAGCACUGGCAUCACCCUGGGAAGGGCAGAGCAGCCCAAAGUGCAGAGAGGAGCUGGGGCAGGGAAUGCAGGAAGAAGCCCAUCUCCCACCUUUCCAUCUCCCCCCUCACACCUCUGCCCCUGCUCCCAGCUUUCCCUACAGCGUUCCAGCAGCUUCAAGGAUUUCAACAAGUCCAAGGUCAGCUCCCCCGUGUCAAGUGAGGAGUUCAACCUGGAGGAGAAUAUCCCCGAGGAUGAUCCCAGCAGUGCCAGGCCAGAGGAGGCCGUGCGGAGCAGCGGGACGAAGCUGGGCAGGAAGUGGCGGGCGGUCAUCUCCCGCACCAUGAACCGCAAGAUGGGCAGGAUGGCUGUGAGGGCGCUGGCCGAGGGGAAGCAGGGAGAGGUGGAGGCGGAGGGGUCCCCAUGCCCGCUGUCCCCAGCCAGCAGCGUGGAGGAGCAGAGCCAUGACAAGGUGCCCCUGUCGUACCUGGAGCUGGAGGAGGAGGAGGACGGGCGCCCGGCCCUCGGACGCCAGAUGUCCAGCGGCAGUGACAUUCCCAGCCCUGGCGAUCCCAGGGACAGCCAGCUGCUGGAGGACACUGUCCCCACCUACACUGGCCCCUUCUGCGGCCGGGCCCGCGUCCACACCGACUUCACCCCCAGCCCCUAUGACAAGGACUCCCUGAAGCUGCGGAAAGGGGACAUCAUCGGCAUCAUCGAGAAGCCACCUGUGGGCACCUGGACCGGGCUGCUCAACAACAAGGUGGGCUCCUUCAAGUUCAUCUACGUGGACGUGAUCCCCGAGGAGACGGUCCCUGCCCGCAGGAGCCGGGGCUCCAGCCGCAACAAGCGCCUCAAGCCCAAGACCCUCCAUGAGCUGCUGGAGCGCAUCAACCUGCAGGAACACACCCCCACCCUCCUGCUGAACGGGUACCAGACCCUGGAGGACUUCAAGGAGCUGCGGGAGACCCACCUGAACGAACUGCACAUCACGGACCCCCAGCACCGUGCCAAGCUGCUGACGGCUGCCGAGCUCCUCCUGGACUAUGACACAGCCAGCGAGCCAGAGGAUGGGGACACCACCGAGGCCCCGCCAUCGCCCUCAGAGCCCAAAGGGGACAUUCCCCGCGACUCCGGCUGCUUCGAGGGAUCCGAGACCCUGGAUGGCAGCCGGGAGGAGGCCGAGCUGGGUCCUGAGGAGCAGCUGGGGGCUCUCUCCAUGGCACAAUCCCCCUGAGCCCGCCGGCACCGCCACUUCCCGCUCUGGCCCUAACAGUGGGGCUGGAUUGGAGGGGACGGCUGCUGGUGGGGGACAGGGACCCCAGUGGUGGCACCUCGGGGCCCGGCUCAGCCCCUGCACCAGAGCCAGAUGCUGGGUGGACACGAGGUGCCCCAGGACAUUUUGCAUGGCACUGCCUGGCAUCACUGCCCCGAGGCAGGGACUCUGGGCACGCUGGGGCACCGUGCUCCCCGCCAAGACACCACGGGCAUUGGCUGCUUUUCCCAGGUUUACAGCAGGCUCAGGAAGGGAGAGCUGGGGAUGGAAGCAUUUGAAGCCUGCCCAGGACACUGUCACUUCUCAGCAUGGACACACAGAGAACCCCCUCACCUGCCAUGGGGGACAGCAAGAUGCAAAUAACACAGCUAAGACACCCUGGAAGUGUGAGAUGGAGAGUCCUGGAAACGCACAGGGAAGGGGGAAGAGGCAGCUGGCUUGGGGCAGCACAGACACGCAGGGGCUACAGCUCAGCCGUUUUCAAACCAAUUAAGUUUCCUUCAUUGUUUUAAAAUUAAAAAAAAUAAUUAAAAAAAAAAAAAAAAAAAGAACACCCAACCCUCACCCAACCCCCUUCCUUCCUUCGGGAGACCCUGACCCAUGCAGGCAGGUCCCGGCAGGCAGCACUCCACACACCUGGUGGAACAGGGAGCAGCAAAGCCAAAAUACACACUUUUUCGCACCGAAUUGGAGAUUUGGUUUGGUCAGUAGCGUGUUGGGGCGACUCCCACGGGGUGGGGCACAGGAGCUCUGUCCUGGAGGAUGGAACGGGAUGCGGCUGGGCUGGCUGAGGGCCAUGGCAGGGCGCCGGGGCUCCUUCCCAGCCACAUUCCAACUGGGAGCAGCUGUGGCAGCUCUGCCCUCUCACCCGGGAGAAGAGGCCCCACACGGCGGGAGAGGGGACAGUUCAAUCCACACCCCUCGCUGCCAGCCAGCAGCAUCACGGACACACACACGGGACUGGCCUGGCAGGACACCCCCAGCAGCCAUCACACGCCUGCGGGGAGGAACGGGAGUGCCCAGCACAAGGGACCAGGAGCUGCCAGGGCCUCUCCUCCACCAGGGACCUCUGCAGGGAUCCCAGAGGUGUGAGGGUCCUGCCAGUGCAGGAUGGGGACUGUGGGGUGGGGGGAGCCCUGCCAUGGCACAGAGCUCACCCACCAUCCCCCCAGCCUCUCCUUCUCUGUCCAGGACACACAAGUCCAGCCCUGAGCAGCUGGCACAAUCCUGGGAAGAUCCAAGGCUCCCAAAGCCAGUCUAGGAUGGAUGAGAACAGCAGAACAAGGCAAGGGGGGGACAAGGGGAUGCAAUGACACAACACAGAUCGGGGCUGAGGUCCUGGAGAGCUGCUCUGCCACAGCAGGGGAGGGCUCA